UCUGUGCUAGAGCUUAUAUGUGCCGACAAAUAAGAUUAUCAUCAUGGAUAAUCAUAACGAUCUUUACAUUAAUUCUGAUCAACAAAAUUAUCAGAUCGUGGAAUAUGUGGCAGAUGACAACACUCAACAAUCAGUCAGUGAAGUGGCUUCCAGUACUAUUUGGCCACCAGUAUUCGACGAAUCGGAAUUUCAGUUGUUCCCUAACGAAGCAGUAGGCGUGUUUCAACCGGUCCCAGCAGAAAGUGCUGCAUUUCAAAAUGAAUCAGAUUUAAAAGCUAUUUGGCCACAAAUUUUCGAUAAUUCGGAAUUUCAGCAGUACCCUUGUGCUGCACCUCUUCAAUUUCAAACUGAUUCAGACUACCAGGCCUACUUGGAUACACUUCCUGUGGAAGAAGUGCUGAAGAGAAUUCAGGAACACUACCCAUCAUCGGAGUGGCCAGACAGCACAAUCCCCCAAUGCGUCAAUGACUUCAGCGUAGCUGCACCAGAAGGGGCCGCAACUGACAUCCCAAUCACGAAAUACACGCCAAUUGCGGAGUGCACGUCAACGCACAAAGAUCAAGUACCUCAACAACCUCUCAACAAAUGCGAGAUACUAGUUAAAAUGAUGGACAAUCCUGAAUCAGCGCCAUCUAACAGUAUUCCGCAAAAGCCCCGCAGGAAAAGGAGGAUCAAGAAGGUACAAACGUUCACCAGCUUGUGGAACUGUGAGCUAUGCGGCAAGGCGUUCAAAUCCAAAGGAGGACAGGUUCAGCACAAUCAGCAGAUCCAUUUCGGUCCAACGCCGCAUGUCUGCAAUAUCUGCGGCAAACGAUUCAGGGACUUCGACACGAUGGAGCAACACCGGCAGCGCCAUCUGAUGAAGGAUAAGCCGUUCAAGUGCAGCGAGUGCCCGAAGCAGUUCAUUCGCCGUUCGGAUCUUCAGCGACAUAUCGUGCUGCAUCAUAGCGUAAGUCCUCAUCAGUGCGACAUUUGCGGAAAGGUAUUUGACCGGGCAGAUCAUGUGACCGACCAUAAGUGGAGCCAUACCAAUGGUACGCUUAAGAAGGUGAAGGUUUGAAAACCUUUUCAAAAUGAACUAAGUUCGAAUCAGUUAUGUUAAUUAUUUAAAGAUAAGAAUUUCUGACGAAGUAAUCGAUUUUUCGAUUAUGGAUUUUUAUAUUUUAUAAUGCAUGCAUACUUUCUAUGAUCUCAUACAUCAUGAUACUUCUUGACUCGGGAUAUAACAGUAGUUUAGUUGUAAUAAAACGAUAAUGUCGCGUUCCGAAGUAUUCAAUAAAACGAAUUUCUUUUUACAACUAUUAAAUUAAA